AUGCCAGUGGCAGCUCGCAGCGGCUCCCCCAGGCCGCUCAUCAAUAAGGUGCGAACCAGCUUCGUUGCCGUCGAGCGCAACGGCGUCAUCGGCCUGGUGAGGGAAGGCAGCUCCGCAUCGCGAGACUCGUCCGCCCGUCCCAGCCUCGACAUCGACCGCGAUCUCCCCAAGACGCCCAAGAGCGAAAAGUCGCCCCUGUCGCCCGCCUUUCUCGCCAGCCUCAACUCCGCCAUGUCUGGCAUAUCGGCGCGAUCCGCCCGGGCCUCGCUCGAGUUCCAGCAGGAGCAGCAGCAGCAGCAGGGAGCCGUGACCGACAAGCCCAGCCACAACCCGGACAAGGUUGUCGACGAGGAGACGCCCACCGGCAUGCUGUCGCCGGCCGACCCGACCGUCACCAAGACCGAGCCUGAACCUAAGCCCGAACCUAAGCCUGAACCAAAGUCUGAACCGAAGCCUGCGCCCGAGCCCGUGUCCGCCUCUGCACCUACAGCGAAACCCGAACCUGAGAAGCCUGCCACUAAAGAGACUGCCCCUGCCAGCAGCACCGAAAAUGUUGCGCAGAAGACGGCCAAGACGACGACGACGACGACGACGAAGCCGGCCGCUACCAAGGCUGCGGUGAAACCCACAGCAACCAAGACUACGACCGCCACCAAGACCGCAGCUACAAAGACGGCUGCCGCUCCCAAGGCGGCUGCUGCCAAAGCUGAACCCAAGGCUGCUCCCAAGACCGCAGCUGCUGCUACCAAGGCCUCUGCCGACUCCUCCAGGAGAGCGAGCGUCAGGCCUCUGCAGAGGACGGCCGAAGCUUCUGCUGUCAAGAGGGCAUCUUCCGCUGCGGCUGUUGCCAACAGAUCUUCGUCCGCCGUGAGGUCGUCUUCCACCGUGAGACCGACCUCGGCCGCAAAGACUCGCACUGGAGCAGCUACUACGACUGCUGCUAAGAAGACGCUGCCCAGCAAGUCUGCCGACACUAUCGUGAAGCCGAGAACCAAGUCGCCCACCAAGCCGGUCAGCCUGCCUGCUUCUCUCACGGCGCCCACCGCCGCCUCCGGCUCCAAGACCGGUGCGGCCACCGGACCGGCUCAGUCGAAGUCGACUACGUCUUCACGACAAUCCACCAGCCGGCAGAGCGCACACUCGUCCACUUCCACCGGUCGCCCAGCCAAGCAGGCCACGCGAUCUCGACCCAGCAUCGGGCCGCCGCCCGCCAAGCCUGCUCGUGAAGCGCCCAAGAAGGCAAAGGACGUUGACGAAGGUUUCUUGGCUCGCAUGAUGCGGCCUACGCAAGCCUCGUCUAGCAAAACGCAGGAGCCGACUACGCCUCCCAAGAAGUCUUGCUCCCGGCCCUCUACUGCCGGCACCGCGGCAUCCGGCGGAUCCGAUCGCAGUCACUACGAGGGCAGUCCCACUAAGAAGUCCUCGCCUAGGAAGAAGCAGACUGAGACCGGCUCUAAGAAGUCUCCCUCCCCUACGCAGUCCGAGGAGAAGCUUGUCAUUAGGCCCAAGGAGGAAGUCGCCGAGGAGGCUGCGAAGAGCGCGGAGGCUGCCCCUGUCGAGCCCGCAGAGCCCGAGGCCCUCCCCGUGGAAGAGGCGGCUGUCGAAGCUGCCAACGCCGAGACUGUUGAGGAGGUGGUUGCCAUUGCUGAGGAGGCCGAGCUCACCCAGCCCGCCCCCGAGCCCGAGGCCGAGGUGGCCGAGACCAAGGCUGAGGAGGUUCCCGCCGCCGAUGCCGCUGCGGAGGCUGUUGCUCCCGUGGUGGAGGCUGAGGUUGCCCCUGUUGAGCCGGCCGCUGUGGCCGCCGAGGAGGCCAAGGUGGAGGAGGUUGCUGAGCCCGUUGUCGCGCCCGCCGCUGAGCCCGUUGCCUCCGAGACGAUUGAGAAGGCAGAGGCAUCUUCAUAA